AUGGAGCAUGUCUCUGCCCAGCUCAAGAAGAAGAAUGCUUCCACUAUGUACUACGUGAUCAGUGUGAUGUUGGGGACUGUCGCUCUCUCGUACGGCUCCGUGCCUCUGUACAAGAUGAUCUGCCAAACGACCGGGUGGGGAGGACAGCCAAUUCGGGCGCCUAACCACGGUGGAGGGGACGGAGGGGAUCUUGCGAGUCGCUUGCAGCCCGUGACCGACGCCAAACGGAUCCGCGUAACAUUCAAUGCCUCGGUUUCGGACCUGCUGCCGUGGAAAUUCGUUCCCCAGCAACGAGAGGUGCGAGUGCUCCCGGGCGAAACGGCUCUGGCGUUCUACACGGCCACAAACAAGAGCGACAAGGACAUCAUCGGCGUGGCGACCUACAGUGUGACUCCGGGACAGGUCGCCCCAUACUUUAGCAAGAUUCAAUGCUUCUGCUUUGAGGAGCAGAGGUUGAAUGCCGGCGAGACGGUGGACAUGCCCGUCUUUUUCUACCUCGAUCCCGACAUGUUGAAUGAUCUCAAUAUGAAGGGUGUCGAGACAGUGACACUGUCAUAUACCUUUUUCAAGGCCAAGUACGACGACAACGGCAACAUCAGAGGUUUUCCGACCACGAGCACUUGA